GCAACUUUUUGCACAACUGCUUGAAACACAUUGUUAUCGCCUUACUACUUUAUUCUUACACCACAGUCUCGUUUGAACUGAAAAAAUAAAUACAAAUUUUGGAAUAGAAAACAAGCGUUUACUUCAAAAUGGCAUUCGCUGCAGCAUCUACCCUUAUAAAAAUUGCGCUAGUGUUGGCGAUGAUAGGAUUUUUGCUGGCUGUAAUUGGGUUUGCCACGCCCUAUUGGAUGUCUUAUUCUGGGUACGAUGUUCACCGGCGUCAUGUGUCGGUGAAUAGUGGCUUAUGGAGGUCUUGUCACGAGGGUUACAGCUAUUACUCUCGGAGGUCAACGUAUAUUGAACAGUGUUAUAAAGCCGUAGGACCGGGCUGGUUUGAUGCUACUAAAACGUUUGUGAUAUUCGGAUUAAUUGCGGCCUUAGCAGCGCUUGUUUUGUUUAUUUUGUACGUCUUUGUGCCCAAGACUUCCGACAACAAGACUGUGUUCAUCCUUGCUAUGGUGGCAUGCUUUGCUGCAGCCGGCUGUAUCAUUCUUGGUAUCAUUAUCUAUGGCUCGAAGAUGGAUAACUUGUCUUGGUCGUUCGCCCUGUGCUGUAUAGCAGGCAUCAUAUUUGGAAUAUCCGGGAUUCUUCUUGUUGUCGACAUGCUCAAACCGGUUGGACACAAAUAGAGGGCCACCCUUGCAAAAAACAGGCGGUCCCGAAAAUGCCUGAUUUUUUGUUUCUUUUCUGUGUCAAGUGUUUGAGGAUCUAUCAGUCGCUUUGUUAUCAACAUUAAAUGCAUGUUUCUUCUAUAACUAACUAAUUAAAUUGUCAUUUUAAAAAUAUGCUUGUUUAUCACUAAAACUUAUUACUAUGUUAACCAUGACAAGAACAAUUCAUAUAAUUUAUUUAUCAGAAAAGUGUCUUUUUUUAUAUGACAAUUUCGUCAAGUGAUGCAUGCCUUUAGAUGAGCCAAAUAAAAAUAUUCAAGAAUCAAAUAAUUAUCUGCAUGUUUUUUGCUAUAAAUGAUUGAUUUUGCAGUAUUUAUCACCAUAUUCCACUGCAUGACUAACGCAGUUAGAGAUAUUUUUGCAUAUUUUGUCCUCUUUUCUGGUGAUUUACGUGGAUUGUAAAUGUCAUUAGCAAUGUAUGAGUUUCGUUCAGUUCAUAAUAUUUUACUUUUUAAUACAUAUGUACAUUUUCAAUUUUUUUAAUGAAAUUAGCAUGAAUCUGGAGGCUUGCUGCUUCGAAGAUUAACCUAUAAUUGAGCAAUGGAAGACACUAAUGUAGAGGUCGAGGAGCAAUUAUGAAAGGGACUCCACUGAGGUUUUUUGACAUGAUAGGACUGAAAAUAUUUUUUCCAGAUAAACGUACCAUUUGCUGUAGGUUUAGAUCACUAAUCUUUGUGCAAAAUUUCAGAUCAUUCGCGCACUUCGUUUUUCCAGAAUAAUUAUUCAAAUUGUAAAAAAAUGACUCGAAAUGAAAAGCGUUUACACACUUUUCACUCAAAUCGGGCUAAGAAAAGCAUAAAAAUAAGAUUUCCAAUUUAUUUCAAAGUUUAUUUCUAAACUAUCUUUGCAUAUAUUUCUGUUUAAAGUUCAUUUAUGU